AUGCUGCGUAAGCUCACCGUCGACCAGAUCAACGACUGGUUCACCAUCGGCAAGACCGUGACCGAUGUGGAGCUGCUGGGCUCGCCGCCCGCCUUCCCGGCCGAGGCGGCCAGAGAGGAGGCCCAGCGCAGGGACGGAGCCCCUGGUGCCUGCCCUGUUGAGGCCCGGGCUGAGGCCCAGGCCCGGGCGCAGACACCUGCGCAGGCGCAUCAGGCGGCAUCCAGGAGGUCUCUGGGCCGGAAGAGCGGGGAGCUGGAGUACAUUAACAAGUACCGGCAGCUUGAGGCUCAGGAGCUGGACCUGCACGGCAGCGAGCACCCAGCCCGCGGGCCAGGUCCGCGGCCCCCUGUGGCUAAAGCCAGCCCUGUCACGUGCGUCCCAGAGACAACGUACACCUACCCAGACCUGCCCAUAAACCGGUGCAGGGAGGAGGUUCUCUCUCUGAUAGAAAGCAACUCUGUGGUGAUCAUCCACGGUGCCACGGGCAGCGGCAAGAGCACGCAGCUGCCGCAGUACGUGCUGGACCACUGCCUGCAGCGCGGCGCCUACUGCCACAUCGCCGUCACCCAGCCGCGCAAGAUCGGGGCCAGCAGCAUGGCCCGCUGGAUCAGCCGGGAGCGCGCCUGGACGCUGGGCGGCCUGGUGGGCUACCAGGUGGGGCUGGAGAAGGUGGCCACGGAGGACACCAGGCUGAUGUACAUGACCACCGGGGUGCUGCUGCAGAAGGUGGUCAGCGCCAAGAGCCUGGUGGCCUUCACGCACAUCUUCAUCGACGAGGUGCACGAGCGCACCGAGGAGAUGGACUUCCUGCUGCUGGUGGUCCGCAAGCUGCUGAGAACCAACUCCCGCUUCGUGAAGGUCAUCCUGAUGUCGGCCACCAUCAACUGCAGGGAGUUCGCCGACUACUUCGCGGUGCCCGUCCAGAACAAGGUGAACCCGGCCUGCGUGUUCGAGGUGGCCGGACAGCCGCACGCCAUCGACGAGUUCUACCUCGGCGACCUGGGGCACGUGCCGCACGGCAGGCUGUCCCCCCACGUCCUGGAGGAGCCGAUGAUCACGAAGGACAUGUAUGAGGUCGCCAUCUCCCUGAUCCAGAUGUUCGACGACACGGACAUGAAGGAGAGCGGGAACAAGGCCUGGGCGGGCGCCCAGCUCGCGUGGGAGCGGGGCAGCGUGCUGGUGUUCCUGCCAGGUCUGAGCGAGAUAAACUACAUGCACGAGCUCCUCACCAACAUGAGCCAGAAGAGGCUGCAGGUCUACCCCCUGCACUCGAGCGUGACCCUGGAGGAGCAGAACAACGUGUUCCUGAGCCCCGUGCCCGGCUACAGAAAGAUCAUCCUGUCCACCAACAUCGCCGAGAGCUCCGUCACCGUGCCGGACGUCAAGUACGUCAUAGACUUCUGCUUGACGAGGACUCUGGUCUGUGACGAAGACACGAAUUACCAGAGCCUGCGCCUGAGCUGGGCCUCCAAGACCAGCUGUAACCAGAGGAAAGGCCGAGCUGGGCGCGUGUCGAAAGGCUACUGCUACCGCCUGGUGCACAGGGAUUUCUGGGACAACGCCAUCCCCGACCACGUCAUCCCGGAGAUGCUGCGCUGUCCCUUAGGCAGCACCAUCCUGAAGGUGAAGCUGCUGGACAUGGGGGAGCCCAGGGCUCUGCUGGCCACGGCCCUGUCCCCGCCGAGCCUCAGCGACAUCGAGCGCACCAUCCUGCUGCUGAAGGAGGUGGGCGCGCUGGCCAUCAGCGGGCAGAGGGAGGACGAGAACCCGCACGACGGCGAGCUGACCUUCCUGGGCCGCGUGCUGGCCCAGCUGCCCGUCAACGCGCAGCUCGGCAAGCUCAUCGUGCUGGGCCACGUGUUCGGCUGCCUGGACGAGUGCCUGGUCAUCGCGGCGGCGCUGUCUCUGAAGAACUUCUUCGCCAUGCCCUUCCGGCAGCACCUGGACGGGUACAGGAACAAGGUGUAUUUCUCUGGCAAUAGUAAGAGCGACUGCAUCGCCCUGGUCGAGGCAUUUAAAACCUGGCAGUCCUGCCGGCAGAGAGGGGAGCUGCGGCACCCAAAGGACGAACUGGACUGGGGACGGUUAAAUUAUAUCCAGAUCAAGAGGAUCAGAGAGGUGGCGGAGCUGUACGAGGAGCUGAAGAGCAGGAUCUCGCAGUUCAGCAUGAGCGCGGGCCCCCGGCGGCCGGCCCUGGACCAGGAGUUCACACACAAGCAGCGGUUCAUCCUGCAGGUGGUGCUGGCCGGAGCCUUCUAUCCCAACUACUUCACCUUCGGGCAGCCCGACGAGGAGAUGGCGGUGCGGGAGCUGGCCGGCAAGGACCCCAAGACUACCAUCGUGCUGAAGCACACGCCGCCCUACGGCUUCCUGUACCACAAGCAGCUGCAGUCCCUCUUCCGGCAGUGCGGCCAGGUCAAGUCCAUCGUGUGCGAUGGCGCCAAGGCCUUCGUGGAGUUUUCCCGGAACCCGACCGAGAGGUUCAAGGUGCUGCCCGCGGUGUACAUGGCGGUGAAGCUGUCCCAGCUCAAGGUGGCCCUGGAGCUCAGCGUGCACUCGGCGGAGGAGAUCGAGGGCCGGGUGCAGGGGGGCGUGUCCCGGCUCAGGAACACCAGGGUGAACGUGGACUUCCAGAAGCAGACGGUGGACCCCGUCCAGGUGUCGUUCAGCACGACGGGCAGGUCCCGGCUGGUGCCGGAUCUCUUCCUCACGGUGGACGUCACGGAGGUGGUGGAGGUGGGGCACUUCUGGGGGUACAGGAUCGACGAGAAGAACGCCGCCACCCUGAAGAAGCUGAUGGUGGAGAUAAAGCGCCUGAAGCUGGCGCCCUUGGCCGUCCACCCGCACCCGGACCUGGUCUGCCUGGCGCCGUUUGCCGACGCCGAGGAGCAGAGCUACUUCCGGGCGCAGAUCCUGUAUGUGUCGGGGAGCUCUGCCGAGGUGUUUUUCGUGGACUACGGCAACAAGUCCCACGUGGCCCUGGACCUGCUGAUGGAGAUCCCCAGCCAGCUUCUCGAGCUUCCCUUCCAGGCGCUGGAGUUCAAGGUCUGCAGGCUGCGCCCGUCGGCACGGUCCCUGGUGUGCGGCGAGCACUGGAGCGGAGAGGCCAGCCGGCGCUUCGCCGCCCUGGUCAGCGGCCGCGCGCUGCUGGUCAAGGUCUUCUCGGUGGUGCACAGCGUCCUGCACGUGGACCUGUACCUGUCCUCGGGGCUGCAGGACUUCGUCAACGUCCGGGACGUGCUCAUCGAGGAGGGCCACGCCGAGCUGGCCGAGGAGUGCUACGAGUCCCGGCAAAGCCACGAAGCUCUCAAGGGUCUCUUUUCCAAAUCAGAACACGUGGCCGACACGUGCUCGCCGUCCCCCACGAAGGACAGUGAGAAGCACCUGAUCCGGGUCUUGCUGGACAGCUUCUCCUCCAACAAGCUGGGGCCCCCAAACCACAAGGUAGUACUGCACGGGCCCUUUAACCCCUACGAGCUGAAGUGCCACAGUUUGACCAGAAUAUCCAAGUUCAGGCGCGUUUGGAUCGAGAAGGAGAGCAUCAACUCGGUGGCCAUCAGCGACGCCCCCGAGGACCUGCACCAGCGGGUGCUGGUGGCUGCCUCCCUUUCCGUCAACGCCACGGGGUCCACCAUGCUGCUGAGGGAGACGUCCCUGCUGCCGCACAUCCCCGGGCUGCCCGCCCUGCUCAGCAUGCUGUUCGCCCCGGUGAUGGAGCUCAGGGUGGACCAGGACGGGAAGAGCUACACCGGAGCCCUCUGCGGCCUGGGCUGGAGCCCGGCCACCGGGGCGCCCAUCCUGCCGGAGCACGACAUGGAGCUGGCCUUCGACGUGCGCUUCAGCGUGGAGGACGUGGUGGAGAUCAACAUCCUGCGGGCCGCCAUCAACAAGCUGGUGUGCGACGGGCCCAACGGGGCCAGGCACCUGGGCCCCGAGAGAGUGGCGCAGCUGCAGGACAGCGUCCGCCAGAAGCUGCUGGGUUUGUUCUGUCAGCUGAAGCCGAGAGCGAGGACGGCCCCCAAGUGGCCUGAGAAGCCGUACGAGUGGAACCAGGUGGACCCGAAGCUGGUCAUGGAGCAGGCGGAGCGGGAGGGCGGCCGGGGCAAGAGCCCCUUCCUGUACCAGCUGCACCGGCUGAUCGUGCUCAGCUCCUAG